AUGGGUGGGGCUUACACUUCCCAAUCUCUACAAAACAACCGCCUCACCGGCCCCAUCCCUACCUCUAUCAACAACGCUUCUCUCUUCCAAGUCUUAAUCUUGCAAUCAAACUCAUUCUCCGCCCCCAUCCCCACUUUCGCUAACCUAAACCUCCUAUCCAUGUUUGUCCUCAGUGACAAACAAUCCAUUAAGAGCUCUACUCAUGAUAUGCAGUUUCUCACUUCACUCACCAAUUCUCCAUAUCUCAACAUUAUUGAUAUAUCAAACAAUCCAUUAAGAGGUGUUCUUCCUAAUUCCAUUGGGAAUUUGUCACAAUCUCUUGAGCUUUUCCGUGCGUAUGGAACUGGUAUUAGAGGUUCCAUUCCUUCCCAGAUCGGAAACUUGAUCAAUUUGACAGCCUUAAACUUAAGAGACAAUCAGUUGAAUGGAUCAAUUCCUUCAACAAUAGGAAAUUUGAAGAAACUCGGGGGAUUAUUCCUUGCUCACAAUCAAUUGCAAGGAUCUAUCCCAAUUGAUCUUUGCAUGAUGAGUAGUUUGGCAGAGCAACAACCAGCUGAAAGGUCCAAUACCGGAAUGCUUGGGUGA